GUUUGAAGCCGUACAUGUUCCUCAUCCUACGAUGCUAUGAAUUUAUGUUGGAAGGCCCUAUAUCCAAGGACUUAAAAUUGUGGAGUCAACGAGCCUCCAGUCUAAAAGUUCAAACAAGAUCCGAUGGAACGUUCGAAUUCAAGUAUACCGGUAAGUCUCAUAUUAUGCAUCCGAAUAAAAUACAUCAAAGCUAGCUUGACAGAUCUUACAAUGAUAUAGUAGUUCAUUAACAUAUCCCUUUUGCAGGCGCACACUCCUUACGCCUUCUGGCCAUGUGUAUUUCGGGUCGCCUAUCGCAAAGAAGUCGUCGCCAAGCACGUUUUGCUUCUUUGCUCCCAACCACGCCCGCAUCUUAACACACGCUUGACCUUCAGGACGUAAAAUAUGGGCUUCUUUUCCGACCUGUCCAACUUUUUCUACGAUGCUGGAACUGUGUCUUGGGAUGUCAUCCUCACGCUCCUCAACCUCGUAGAGAGGAAGCGUCGCAUCGGCAAUGUCACUCCUGAGGGCUACCCAGGCUAUGGAGGGCAUUGGCCCGAGUUUAGGCCUCCCCAGGAGACCGACUCCCGCUGCUCCUGCCCCGGACUCAAUGCGCUAGCCAACCAUGGCAUCAUCUCGCGCACUGGCCGUGGCAUAUCAUUUGUCGACCUUGAUCGUCAUGUCGCAGGAACCUACAACAUCAGUUCUACCUUGUCCUCAUUUGUCGCACAUUAUGCUGCUCGCAUGCUUAAGAGAAGCUUCAGAAAUGAUACCCUUGAUUUAGGAGAACUCGACGUUCACAAUGGUAUUGAACACGACGCAUCUCUCUUACGCCUUGAUGCUGCUUUCGAACCAAACCAAUCGACAAAGCACGUACCUUACAUCGAGGAGCUACUUGCGGCAGCUUCCAGCAAGGACAAGCACGGCAACGAUGUCGUUAUAGUCAAGGAUCUCUCCAAGUUGCUCGGCAAACGUCGUGCAGUGUCGCGUGCAGUGAACAAAGAAUUCACGCUUAAAACUUUCCACAGGUUAUUUGGUUGCGCAAAUGCCUCGCUGUUACUUUCAACCAUGGGAGGUCGCGUAGAGGACCUGCACAGCUUUCUUCUUCAUGAACAGCUUCCAGAAGGCUGGGAGUCGCGCGUUCGCCAAUCUCACGGACUGACUCUGGUAAACUUCAACAAGCUUGCAUUGAAGAUCGAGUUCGGUGUGCGCGAGAAGGAUUGGGCGCAAGUGGCACAGGAGGCCGCAGAACACCAUGACACUGUUCCUGUCUAAACUGACUCCAAAACGACUACUCGGAUACUGAUGCUCGCCUGAAUGUCACGAUGUGCUCUCACUUUAUGACUUAUGCAACCUACGUAUUACUGAUGACGAUGGAUCACGACUUUUCAUUACCUAUUGUCCAUUGAAUAUAUUUUGUUAUACUUACUCGUUUCACUCAUUCUUGAUUGUAACACAAAUUAUGCGUUUCAAU